ACUUUAUUUUGUAUGUUUCAUGUCCCCUUAAAAAGUAAUUUUUUAAUCGAUCCUGGAUUUCAAUGGCAACGCCAGAUGGCCUGGCCUGAGGAAUUCCGUUAAAAUUACCGGAUUGGUAGCCAAAACCGGUCCCCGUACUUUUCAGUAUGUAUGUAUGCCUCGCAUGCGAGAUCUUUUUCUGCAGUUUUCUUCGCCAAGAGGUUCUUGAAAAUGGCCAAUUACGGUGUUGGGUUCCACUUAUUGGCCGGCUAUGUGAAUGUUUGUUUGGUUAUGUUUGUAUAUGUACAUAUAUGUAUACAUUGCGGCGAGGAUCAAAUGUCAAGCUGGAAAGAAGAGAAGCUCGACCGCAAGGCAAAGCUGCCGAUCUGAUAAAAGAAGCCCCGGUCGCCAAUUCUCGUAUCUGCUUCACUUGCAUUUUCGCUGGAGCGGCAAGAGAAGGAAGAGGGAUGAGACAUGCCUCGAAACGUGCAAGCUGGGUGGUACAUACGGACAACGGAUACAGGGGAGACAUCGCGUAUGUACUUAUGUAUGUACAUCCAUGAAUACUUAUGCAUAAAGAAGAAGGCCCCAGGUUCCAGGCUCACGAUCGUGACGAAGUUUCCAGCUGGAGCUUUUGUUCCCAUCCAACACACACUCGCACAGGCAAGCGGCAUACUCACACAAACACACACUCACUCGUUCUCUCUUUUCCGCCAGUGCUCCCACUGGCGUGGCGUGGCGUGAAUUUUUUACGUUCACUCCAGCUCCAUUUCCAUUUCCAUGCCAGGCCAGCCACCAGCCGCCAGCCGACCGUAGUAAAAUCCAGUUUUGAUAAAAAUAAACAAAAGUACGCUACACCGCGCAUAUACCAUGCGCUACACUGUCCAAGUCCAGGCAUUUAAGGCAGGCUUGUCGCCUGGCUAAGGAUGAUCUUUCCUCCACACACACACACAUACUCAGUGGGAAGAAGGGCUUGAUUAGAGGGAGACAACAUGUGCGGCAAGGAGACAUGUUCGCUCAGGUCGAUGCGCUCCGCGUGUCAGAUGCCCUUACUGCCUUUUGGCAGAGCAUAUUGGAUUCGUUACGGCGGGCACUGAAGCGACGGCGAAGUUAACAACCGUAAAGCGCGCAAAUACGACACAAGCAGCCAGCAGUGAGUUGCGUUGCGGCCAGCGGAAGCUUUACAUCCGGAUAAUAUUGCCAGAGACCAGAGACGGCUGCUGCUUUAGUUGCCUUUGUUGUUGUUGUUGUUGUUGUUGCUACUGCCUGCCUGCCUGCCUGCCUUUGGGGUUCUGCGCUGCUUCUUCUUGCUCCUCGGUUCGUGGCAAAGCCUGUUGCUGCUGCCGCUGGUGUUGCUUGAGUCGCUCUUUCCUCGCCGGUUCUCUUUUGGCACCGCCUUCGCCGUCGCCUAAAAGGCACGUAAACUGGUUCCGUACAACAUUCGCGUGGUCGUGGUCGCGCUCGCUCGCCCGUAUUUUUUUGUAUUUUCAGUGCUGACUGAGCGCUUGAGCUGCGCGAGUCGCUUGCUGGGAAAUACGGAAUUGAAAUCGGAUAGUGAUCGGACUUGGAGCUGGCCUGGGAUCGUUCAUGGAGCUGGCCUACAAUGCGUCAUCGUCGGUGGCGGCCUCGGCCGUCUCCGCGGCCACCUUUGCCUUCACGAACACCGCGAAGCUGCCCAUUGAGACGGUGAAGCGGCUGAUUGCCGCCGUCUCGCGUCGCCCCAUGCUGUGGCUGCGGAACAAUGCCAAUGGCCAGAAGCGCAGCGACAUCACGCCCAUCUGGUUCGAGGUGGGCCAGGAUGUGAAUCUUCCGGCUGACAUCUGCCGCAUCAAGUGGGGCCACCUUAGGGACAACUUUCGCAAGGUGUACAUCCGCAAUAACCUGUCCAAUGAGACGCCCUCGUCAUGGCGCUUCUACAACGACAUGCGCUUCAUGGAGCCCGCCGUUCAUGAGAAUAUUAUGCGUCAGACGCGGAGCAGCAGCAAGAAGCAUCCGCCUGGACACUGGACAGAAAACAAUAAUGUCCUGGGAGUGGACAAGUAUGACUCCAUGCCCCUGGUGGCCACGGAGCCCAUCUGUGAACUGAGCGACAGCUACGAUUCGGAGUUGCACCAGCCGAGCUUCUCGGACAUUAGCUCCUUCUUCGAGGAUCGUGAUUGCCAGCCGCCGGACAGUAAGCGGGUUAAGCUUGAGCCGCAGCAGCACACGGAUCAGGAAGAAAUGUCUGGCGUGGGCGAGGAAGAGGAGGAUGACGAUGACUUUGACGAGGAUGCCGCUUCGGAGAACCAGGAGGAGGAGCGUGGCAAGCGGGUGGAGCCGGACAAUCCUGGCGAUUUCACCAUCGAAGUGCUGGACGACGACGAUGAGGAAAUUGAGCAGGCUAAGGUGAAGACCAACCACAACAACAACCAUAGUACUAGCAACACCUCCAGCCGUAGUCUAAGUCAUAGCCUGAAAAGCGAGCCGGAUGCCAAGGCAUCCGCCUCAUCCAUGUCGCAGUCUCCGAACGUGGCGGAUCUGCCCUUUAAGUACAUCAGCAUGGAUGCCACCACCAAUACCGAGCCCACCGGCGGCGAUCUGCAGGAUGAGGCGGAUCGCAUGUUCCUGCUCAGUCUAAUGCCCUUCCUCCAACGCCUCGACGAGCGCCGGCGGCUGCGCGUGCGCCAGAAGCUGCAGAAUGUCCUUAUCGAGGAACUGGAGUUCGGCUGAUCCCGUUAUUCACGCUGCCGGGAAUAGGGGAUAAUGUGUACGUUAUAAGCUUAGCUUACAGUAUUAUAAGAACGCGACUGACUAACCCGUGGAUCUGCAUACAUACGUAGCAUGUAAUCAGUAUUCCGGCCGCCUUCCUUCCUCCACACACAAACACUUGAAUACAUCCCAUAUAGCCUGUAGUACGUACAUCCUUAAAUAUAUACAUACAUACGUUUUCAAAUAGAA